AUGAUUCCACCGCAGGAUGACGAGGAGACACCUCUUCUGCAACGACCAGAGCAGCCAACAGCCAAGACACCUCUUCCCUGGGAUCAAUUUUGGAUUCUACUGCUCUUGGAGAUGCCUGAUUUUCUUUCUUCUCGGACCCUUGCCCCGUUUAUUCCCCAACUCAUUAGAGAUAUUGGAGUCACUCACGGAGACGAAUCCCAGGUCGGUCGUUAUGUCGGCAUCCUUCAAUUAUCAUCCUCUGUAGCUCACACCCUGACUAUUUUUCAUUGGAGUCGACUGUCCGACUACAUCGGGCGGAAACCUGUAUUACUGACAGCUCUAUUAGCACAUGUUGUUUCGAUGUUUGCGUUUGGGCUGUCGAAGAGCUUCCUUGGUCUGGUAGUCAGCUGUGUUGUCUGCGGGGCAUUUGAUCCGGGCGAUGUUGUCAUCAAGACCUUGGUGAUGGACAUUACUGACGCAACCAAUAUGCCCAAGGCAUUCAGUUAUAUGCCAAUUCCGGUGAUGAUUGGAACCACAGUUGGAUCACUCAUUGGGGGAUUUCUCUCCCGACCAACAGACAGAUUCCCUGACAUCUUUGGCCGAUCAGAACUCCUGAAAACCUAUCCAUAUCUCCUGCCGUGCUCUAUCUCGGCAUUUUUCAUAUCGAUAAUUUGGCUAGUCGCGUGUAUUUGUCUUAAAGAGAGCGUUUCUACCAGGACACCACUUUGGGAGCUAGUUAAAGGAGGAUUCUUCGGACAGUCAUAUUCGAAGUCUCGCCAGCCAUCGAGCAACGUUACAUUUCAUCCUGGAGAAGUUCAACCAAAGCCGCUUCCGCUGCGCGCCUUGCUAACCUCGAAAGUGUUGACUGUGACAGCGAGUUAUGCCACCAUGGGCCUGUUUCACAUGGCAUUGAGUUUGAUCCUACCUGUUUUCUAUGCGACACCGAUUGAACUUGGUGGUCUUUCCCUUGACCCUCCUCGCAUCGGUGCUUUACUUGCGGCAUCAAGUAUCAUACAAGGCAUAUUCCAGCUACUUUUAUACGCUCGUUUACAUCAUCACUUCGGUGCAAGAGCUAUCCACAUCACCGGCGUUAGUUCCGGCAUACCCAUAGUCAUUUUAUUUCCAGUGACCAAUGCUCUGGCUCGGGCCUAUGGAAUAGGCGUGGCGGUGUGGCUGUGUGUUGUCGUCCAGCUUACGCUGAAGACUAGCCUGCUCAUGUGCUUCCCCUGCCUGACAUUAUUCAUCAGAGCAGCUGCUCCCAAUCGUGCCUCGCUCGGAGCAACCACUGGAAUCGCGCAGGUGGCUCUCGCACAAGGGCAUGAUGCAUGGUCGAUAUACUACUUUUUCAUCGCGAUUGUAUUUCUCGCUGUAGGUACUGCUCUAUUGCUUCCUCGUGAUCUUAGUCCAUCACUUCUGGACGCCUUUCCUAACGGAACAAUCUCGUAUUUCUCCGAUCGGGUCACCCCGUUUCUUUUAGCAGACUCUUCAACAGAUCAUCCCCAGCCCCCCAUGCCAAUUUCAACAUUCGCCACGCUUGCUAAAUGGGUCUGCGCAGGACCUACCAGCUGGGCACAGUACUGGGGCACAUAUCCUGACAUUAUGGAGGAACUCGAAGGUCGACCGGAGUGGUGCCUUGAUCUCACUUUCCAGCUACGAGUUUGGUAA